GCGUCACACUCAGUCGACGCCGAGCCGCCACGCGUGUUGGCCGCACUGUUCUUCGCGCGUUCGAACGCGUCUGGUCGUGUACGCGCAUCGUAUCUCGGAAACCUCGUGUGUCCAGUUAACCGUUGCCGUAGCCGCCGCCGGUUUCUUUCAUUUUUCUCUCGCGUACACGCUUCUCGGACGCUCGAACACAAACGCCAGAGGUUCGUUCGGCUAACCUCGCGUUCGCUCCGAAGCGAGAAACCGAAGCGAUGCUAGAUCAUCGGAACGACGACGAUCGAGCCGCCCCGUGCCGCCGCGUGUGAGUGCUCGGUCUCGGUCUCGGUCUCGUUCUCGUUCAUCCUCGUCUCUCCCUCGAACCCACGCGAACAAGUGGAAAAGAAGUGUCGAGUGCCGCGCGUUUAUAUACCGCACCACAGAAAACUGCUCUCUCCGUUUCGCUCGAUCUUCGCACACCCGGCACUCUUUUUCUUCGGUUACUUCUCCUUGAUCCGACUUCGGCCGCGACCGCUCGCAGCUAACCCCGGUGCGUUCGGGCUCGUUCUUCACCUUCGUGAUCUGCGUUCCGUCGGUUCGCACCGCGUAAACGUCAUCCACGCGCCACGACAUUCGACGACUCGACGCGUCCACCACCGGGACACCGCGACAUGGAUUUCGUGAUACUCAAGGUGAACGGGCAAGACGUUUCGAAUUCCAGUCACGAAGAUGCGGUGCGUUGCUUUCAGUCGGCUCAGGAGCCGAUCAUCGUGGAGGUCCUGCGACGGCAGCCGGCCGGCCAAGGGCAACGAGCGGCGUGGAAGGAUCAGCCCGCGGAGAAGAACGAGAUCGAGGAGAAGACGACCGAGCCGAGCAAACGGGAGCCGGCAACCCCCGUGUCGCCAACUCUGGUGUCGACCGCGGUCCAGACCGACUGGGCCGGCUUCAUCGAGGAGGAGGAACUGCUUCCGGAGCCUAUCGGCGUCGACGAGCAGACCAACGACAGUUUCGAAGACUUCCUCGCCCACGAUAUCGACUUCGAGGAAGUGACGCUACGGAAGACGGGGAGCGCGGAGAAACUGGGGCUGACGGUCUGCUACAGCUCCGGGUCCGGCAGCGAGGACGCAGACACGGAAGUUUAUAUCUCGGAAAUAGUUCCUGAAAGUCUCGCGGCGCGCGACGGCCGGCUGCGGGAAGGCGACCAAAUCCUGAGGGUAAACGGGAAGGACGUGGCGAACAAAGAGCAGACCGAGAACCUAUUCGCCGAAACGAAGAAUGCGGUGACCAUUCUCGUCAGCCGAUGUCUCUUCCAGGACGACGAGUUCGACGACAGGCGCACCUACCGCCAGGAGUCGCCGUCGCUGUCCCCGGACAGCCACCUGCCCUCGUACCAGAACAGCUUGAUCGAGCAGCUGAUCCGGCAGCAGCAACAGCAGACGGACGAGCGGACCAAAGAGACGGAGGAGAACUCGUCGACGUUGAAAGCGCCUCCGCCGAUACCCUCUCACACGCCUCAACAGCAGCAGCAACAGCAACAACAGCACCACCAACAGCAGCAGCAGCAACAACUUCAGGCGAGCAGCGUGUUCUCGACGACGACGUCCUCGUCGACGUGUUCGUCGCAGACCUCGCAGAAGUCGGGGCGCAACGCGUCGUCGCCGGCGCAUCUGUCCGAGGACCGGAAGCAGUGGAUGCAGGAGACGAUGAAGGACUGCGCGAAGAAGAUGGAGGGUAUGUGCGUGCGGGGGCAGCAAUCGGCGCCGGUCAAGCUGACCGAGGCGUACUCGAGCCACGUGUGGAGCGAGACGGAGCACAUCUACGAGACCAUACCGGAGUCGGACAGCGAGCCGAUCUACUCGUCGCCGUACGAGCACCAGCACUGGACGCAGAACAAUCACGGGACGGCGACCACGUCGACGACCACGGCCACCACGACCACCCAGCAAAACCAGGGAAAUCAGACCAGGUGGCAUUCCUCCUCGAAGAGCAACAGCUCCGGCGAGGAGAAGGACAGCUCCAGCGCCUACAACACCGGCGAGUCCUGCAACAGCAACCCUCUCACCCUGGAGCUGCACCAGGCCGAGAGGGACCACCACAGAAGCACGCUGGUCCUCUGCCCGCCGAAGACCCCCACCGCCGUGCAGCAGCAACAGCAGCAGCAACAAUUUCAGCAGCAGCAACAGCAACAGCAGCAGAGACUCGGCUGCACCUGUCCCGCGUCCAGCAACAAGCAGACCAUCGGCAAGAGUCAGCCGAGCAGACGCGGCUCCAGCUCGGCCCACCAUCACAAGGACAGAGCCGACCCCGCGGUCGCGACCCUGCCGGCCGACACCAUGUACACCAACAUGGCGAACCUCCAGCAGACCAUGCUCCUCCAACAGCAGUUGUUCAAGCAGGCCCUGAACCGACGGAACAUCACCACCGCGGCCAGCCCCAGAGAGACCACCGCAACCGCGAAAAAGUCCAAGUCCCACGGCAACUUCCAGGCUCCGAAUCUGACCCGGUACCAGUUCGUGGGCAGCCAGCAGGUCUGCACCUCGACCAGCUGGGUCCCGCCGGAGGACAAGGGCAGCAACGACGUUCAGAUGGAGUGGAAGGUGAAGAGGAGGGCCGACGGGAGCAGGUACAUCGCCAGGAGGCCGGUUAGAAAUCGCAUAUUGAGGAACAGGGCGAUCAAGAUAUCGGAGGAGCGGGCCGGGCACAGCACGGAAGACGACACCAUGUCCGAGAUAAAGGUGGGCAGGUACUGGACGAAGGAGGAGCGCAAGAGGCAGCUGGAGCGUGCCCGCGAACGGAAACAACGGCAGCAGGAGCUGAUGCUGCAGCAGCAACAGCAACAGCAGCUCCAGUUGCAGCAGACCAACGAGCUGCUGAACAGCGAACACCCGGACGAGAAGACGAAAAAGCCGCUGAACAUCUUGGAGCUCAGUCACAAGAAGAUGGCCCGCAAGAAGAAUACGUUGGACGACUUCACCACCGUGCAGGAAAUGCUGGUGCAUGGGAACAGAGUGGGAGGAGCGGGUGGGCCGGGUGCCGGUGGGAAGCUGAUGGGUCUUCUAUCGGUCACCACGGUCUGAACGGAAGGCUGAAAAGACCCGAUCCGAAUCUUGACGGCUCGAUACAGUUUCUUCGGUCUUCUAGCGUCUAUCUCGCGCGUUCAAUUUGCGUAAAAUUAAGAGCGAGUUCUUCUGCGUUUCGAGUGACAGUUACUUUCUCUCCGAAGUUUUUAUGCUCAACGUUGCCUCGAGUAAGCGGCGGAACGAGCUCGAGAAACGAUCCGGAAUGAUCGUUGAAACGACCAUUCGCUCCGGUCGGUUGUAAAUAGUUAUUAUACAAUGACAUGUAUACAUAUGAAUGUAUGUAGAUUAUUUUACACGAACCGAAUCCUUUUCUCUGUGAAUCGACGAAUAGAAACGAGAAUACGCCUCUGUAGAUAUGUACAAUAAAUGUAACGAUGUAUAAUCUCUGUGUAAAUACUUCAGACUGUCGGCCGGGAAAGAAGGAACGAUCCUGGUUGAGGAUGAAACGCUCUGAUCGCAGCAACGAACCGAAGGGAUCGUCUGCCAGAAUAUCGUUCGCGCGUAGAAGACAGUCGUACAAAAGGCUUGCAUGUUUUUAUUACGAAAUUCAAAAAUCUGAUGACCGAUAUAUCUAUUUAUCCAUUACAUAAACGAUGCGUUGAUAUUUAAACUGCUCAGCACUUUCCGCUCCGGAAUGUUCAGGUGCUGAACGUAAGCGGGGAAACAAUGAUGCGUCGAAAAGUUCAACAGAAAGUCACGCAUGUAUUGACCAAGAUUCAAAUGGUAGAUCGAGUCUUCCAGCAACUCCGGAUCCUCUUCGCCUUCCUCCGCAUCGUUCGCAGCUUCGUCCAACACUGGGAACACAUUUCGAUUCCUGAAUACCGCGAACCGAGAUUAUCGUUGAAAAUGAUCGCGGAGCAAACUGUGUACUUACAUAACAUGGUCUCGUAGCCGGGAUCUAGGAAAGUAUUGUUGUCUUCACCCUCUUCGUCGUCAUCGGAUUCCUGCGCGUCAACAUACACACGUACACUCAUUUAUCUACUAAGGAUUUUCACUUGCUAGUUGUUGUCAAAUAAAUAUGAGAUUGUUACUAA